UUAACUUGUGUUGCUAAAAUGAAUAAGACAGUGAAAGGAUACAGAUUCUUCAACAAGACUGGGUCUGUGGUAUCUGAAGUAGGCAUUGAUCAUUUUGGGAGCGGCCUGCUGUAUGUCACCAUUCAAAGGGAGAAAGUUGAAGCUUACAGCUGCGAAUACUGGAGGGGGAAUGGCGGAGGGGUCCCAUCUCAGCAAAGCAACACAAUCACCCUGCAAGUGCAAGAGGCACCUGAAAAGCCAUCCCUUACUUUGAAUCACACACUCCCGCAGUACAGAUGGGGAGACUACGUGAGCCUGGUGUGUUCAGCUCCCCCUGAAGCAAAACAGAUCAUGGAAUUCCAGUACUUUGGAGACAGGCAGACCCUCCAGGCCCUGAAGCCAUCGGACAAUACUGACGUAUACAACCUGAGCAUCCUUGAGCCAAAGGACACGGGGAGUUUCAGCUGUGCAUAUAUCCAGUUACUUUCUAAUCGAAAUGUCCGCUCUAAGAAGAGUAACCCGGUAAUUAUCAAUCUAACAAGUGCCAGAUGGGGACGGAUACUGGCCACGGGUGGGGCUUUCUUCACCAUUAAUGGUCUCAUCUUCUUAAGCACCCACUACUAUUUCCUACCAAAGGUCUCCUAGAGGAAUGAUUUGUAAUGCCGCUCCCGUGGCCUUCCAGGUUCUCCGCCGGCUUCUUCCCAGCCAGAGGGUGGUCCCUCCAUUCAUUUAUCAAAUCCAGCUUGUACAUUAGCUUCCGUGUGUGUGUGUGGGGGGGGAGUCUUCCUUUAAAAAAUCAAAUACAAAACACAAACUAUGACCUAAAGCAUGAAAUACUCCAGACUUUUCUGAGCAUGCUGGUUUAUGGCUACAAACUUCCUGUGUGAUGGGUUUUCAGUAAAGAGAAAUAACUGAUUGUCCCUUGAACUUCCUUGACGGAUUCUUAUUAGACUGCAGAUAUCCAUCACCAGCAGAGAUAUUAGCUGAUACAUCAACUUUCUCUCUGUGUGUGCACGCAAAAUGCAUAAACUUCUACUCCAUUUGCGUCCAAUUAUUUCCUUUUUAAAAAAUAAUUAUUUUAUUGUUUAUAAAGACAGACAUAACACAGACACGCAUACAUACAUAAAUGGGGGGGAUUCUAUUAUAUUAUCAAUUUACACAUUUGAGUACCUCAUA